UCGUCUAAUUUGCACAGAUAGGUUAGCAGACUUGCUGAUGACCCGUACGUACCGGAAUGGCUCACUCAAACACAGUUCAAACUCUUGGAUUUUUGCUGCUCGCUGCUAUUCUCCUGCAGACUGUAGCAGUGGCAGUAACGUUCAUGUACUUCAGCAGCGCGUUGGCUACGAUGAAGGAAACUUUUUCUAAAAGCAGUAUAUCCUGCUUGAGAAGAAGCAGUUUGAACUUCCUCAAGGGUUCCGAAGCUGACAGCAAAGAGGAUGAUGAUGACCCCUGCUGGCAGGUCACAGAACAGCUGCAUCUCCUUAUCGAAAAGACAAUGUCCACUCGCUACCGAAAGGAGUUGUCCUCUUUUGUUUCAGAUGAAGUUUCUCGUGUCCUCCCAUCCAUAAUGGUUGAAAGCCAGCACAUUAAACGGCCUGAGCUGGCAGCUCACCUCACUGGAAAUGUUAGGAACAAACAAGAAAAAUUUGAAAAUUCAUUAUCCAGAGGGGUGGUAGGUCAGAAGAUUCUGAACUGGGAGUCCAAGCGAGGGCUGGCAUUUUUACACAAUCUGCACUUUAAGGAUGGUGAGCUAAUCAUUCCUAGAACCGGACUUUAUUACAUAUAUUCCCAAACAUAUUUCCGGCAUUCAGUACCCAUUACAGAAUCUGGUGAGGUGGAAAAUCUUAUGGAAAAUAAGCAGAUGCUCCAGUACAUUUAUAAAGUAACUUCCUACCCUGAGCCCAUUCUCCUGAUGAAAAAUGCCAGAACAACAUGUUGGUCAAAGAAUUCCGAGUAUGGCCUGUAUUCCAUCUAUCAAGCUGGUGCUUUCCAGUUAAAAGCAGAUGAUCGGGUGUUCGUAUCUGUCAGCAAUAUUACUAUUGUUGACAUGGAUGAAGAAUCAAGUUUUUUUGGAGCCUUUAUGGUGAGCUAGAGGGCAGUUUUCAAUGUUGUCCAAAAUGUUUCUGAAAGUAUCUUCUCCAUUAAAAUAGCAUCCUGUUGAAGCUGCUAUAGAGAAGAAAAGAAGGACACAACCCUUGGGAUUGUGGAUUUCACAAGCACUUAGUGACCUCUGCGUCCUGCUCUGCACUUUUCUGACUGAAGUUCUGAUGGGGAAAUUGUUGAGAGAGAAAAAAGUGCUGAUAAAAACAGGUCAAAUCACUUUGAAACGAUCCUUUUCAAUGCAGUCUUCAAUUUUUAGAAUCAGAUACGGUUUAGAGGUGCUGCUAACAGCUACGAGCACAGAUUUCCAUAUGGAAAAACAAAACAACAAACAUGAAAAGCAAUUCAAGCACAAACACUUUUGAUACCUCUGCCCAGAAAGUAUCAUAUAACAUCAUGCCAAAUUUCUGUCUUGAUUGGUACAUGUCUUAGCAAAUGGACCCUCUGAACAACUAGCAUGUACUGUUCAAGGAGAAUUCCUGCCUUAAAAUGGGCAUGCAAAAUGAAUGUGAUAAAGAUCUUCAUUAUAGUUUUAUGUGUUUCGUGAGAAAAUGUGGACCCUUUUUUUUCUCUGCGAGAAAUGAAAUAAGAUAAUUGAGAACAUUAAAAGACUGUCUUUUGUUCAGUCACUCAUAACAAAAAUAGCACCCUUUGUCAGAUGUUUUUAAAUAUUCCACCCAUUGAGGCGUUUAGGAGGUACAGUACUAGCAAUAGAAGAAUUUACUACAUUGGAGCAAAAAUCACAGCUAAAGAAUGUAUUGCAACAAUGACUUCAAGAGGACAAACUAGCAAAGUGUUUCCUUUACAUAUAUACUGUGUAUAUAUUUAUAUAAAAAAGCUAAUUGUAAUACACUACAGUUAUACAUUUUGCAUAUGAUUUGUAUAGAUUUUUAAUUUCUUUCAUAGAAUUAUUUUUUAAUACAAGCAAACUAUUUGAAACUGUCUGAAAAUUUAAUGUGCACAGAUGUUGGGUGGUUUUGAUUCCUGCUUGUGUAAUAAAUUUGCUUCUCGAAGAUGAUCCAUUUAUUCUGCUGGCAUCUCUAGAGUACCAACUUUAGAAAGCUACUGACUUCAGUUGUGUGUGUGUGUUUGCAUCUGCAAACAUCUCCUGAUGAUGGUGUGCAUGAAUAAAAAUUAAAACCUUACUUUGAACUAAAUGAGGAGUUACCAGACCUGGCUUACUGUCCAGUCAAAACAGAUAAGUACGCAUGUCAUGCCAAAAACUACUAACCACUGAGACCCCAUGCCUAGCAGUCCAGUCUCAUUGAUCCUGUACUGACUAAAUAUUGGCUUUCAGUUUCAAUGCUUGACACAGAACACCAUGAAUCUACUUGAGUGGAAUGAACCAGCCUUUGCUUCUGCACUACAAGUUUGAAGGUAAGAGACUUCAGUACUUCCAAAUUGUAUAUGUAGCAUGGAAAGGAGAUUAUGAAGCACUAACUACAGUGUGUACUUCCAGUAAAUUUGAACAGUUUAUUCAUUUUAAAUAGAAAAACAAGAAAACACUAGCUUGCUCCAUUAAUUCAUAACCUAUAUAAUGUAAUUUUUUUGUCCCCCAUGUAAAAAUGCUUCACAGAUUUCCAAACAAUAAUGUGCUUAACUAUUCUGAAUUAGUACAAAAGUUAGUUGCUUUAGGCUUACCAAAUCAAGACCCCGAAGUAGAUUAAGUAGGUAAGAAACUGAAUGCACUAUUUAUGUUAUUACAAAUGCAGAAACAGCCACUCACAUACCGAGUUUAUUCCGUUUUACUUCCAUUUGUGUGCAUGCAAGAAAUAUUAUGAGUUUCAACUGUGAAUAAUGUGAAAACUUAAGUGCAAUAUGAAAUGUUGUGUUUAAAAUGUACAUUUUUGUAUAUAACAUUAAUCUUCUCUGCACUGUAAAAUAGUACAAAACCAAUAAAUUUUGUUUUAGCAUAA